AUGGCAAGGAACAAGUGCGUGAUGUGGCACGAGGACCACCUAAUCGAGGCACCGGGCGGCAGAGGACUCUUGCUUGUCGUGAAGUUGAUGAGAGGCUAUCCUGUCGAGGGCGGGGAGGAGUUUAAGGUCUUCCGAGUAGAGGUCGCGGGUCGGGUUGAGUGUGUGGAGCUCGACAGUUUGGAUGAUUGGACAUUGUUUGUCAACCACCGAGGGGGUGGGUUUUGCCGCCUCUCCUCCACCGGGGGAGGAGUAUGUCGGCCCAAUUCCAUAUACUACACGGAUAAGAAAGGCAGAGCGGCGAAUGUCUACGACUUGGGCGAGAAGAGCACGACUAGGUUGCUACCUUUCCGUGCUGCGGGACGCUAUUUUUCGCUUAGCGAGUGGGUCGACCUCCCAAACAUCCCUGAGCCUGAGGCUGAACUUGAAGUUGAACCAUGA